AUGCCACCGCCAACGGCUACAGAAGAUGCCAAAGAAGAGGAGGAUUGGGAUAAGCUGUUUGCUCCUGGUGCGACAGGAGGCGGUAUUGAAUCGAUAGUUCCAAGGGACUUGUCAGGAGCGGACUUGAUCAGACCAGCCGACAACGCCAUUGAUUUUGAGGAUGAAGAUGAAUUGGCUGAUGAUGAAGACGAGAUCCAAGCUACUCAGGAGGCAGAAAAGAAAGUCGGCAAUAAAUUAUUAGACCGCGAUCGCGUGGCUCCGAGUGGACGACCAAUAAGACCUGAGUAUGACGAGGAAGACGACAAUGAUGAGGAAGAAAUUGAUAUGCCUGAUUUCUUUGCUCACCAUAGAGGCGGUAGUCUGAGUAUAAAUGCAGAUGGCAUCAGUUUGGCUGGAGAGCUAGAUGGUGGUCAUGGGUUUAAUGAAAGUUGGUACGAUGAACUCACCGCAGAGGGUCAGCCGGGAGAUAUGGAUAUUGAUAUUCAUCCAAGAGCAUCUCUGAGCGAAAUUGGAGAAGAGGAAGAAGAGGAUUUUGAGAAAGAAGGUGAAACUGAAGAAAAUGCAAAACCACAUGUUAAUCAGAACGCCUUAAAUGUUUUAAAUGAAGGAUCAGAUCUUUUGCAGGAUACUGGUAAUAUGUUAAAGUCAGAUCUGAUUGAAGAGAUUGAUACGAUUGACGACAAAACCACAAACGAACAGUUAUUAAGAGCUUAUUAUCCAGAAUUUAGAAGUGGUGCAGUAUUAAAAAUGCAUACAAUAUUUGGCCCAAAGCCGUCUAAGCUGGUCCUACCGAAAGCCAAACCCGUCAAGCAACAGUCUGCGGCCCCAAUUAAGACAAGAUUAGAAAUUGAAGCUGAUCAAAAAAGAGUUUUCCGAUCAAACCAACUGGUCGAAAAAGUAGAUACAAAUGUGGUCAAAGUCAACAGUUCGUGGAUUGAGAGAUCUCUGCGGAAAACUGGACGCCAAGACAAGGAUUCACUGAGUGACAGUCAUGGGCUUCCUGAAGGUGUAGACAAAGAAAUCGAGUUUGCGUCUGCCGACUGGUAUGUUUUUGACGAUUCUGAAUCCGAUGUGGAUGAUGAGCCAAGAUCGCCUCUUAAAGAUUCAGAAACGAAAGAUAAGGCAACAGAUGAGUCUGAAACUGUACUUAAAGGUGACGAAUCAACCCCUGAAGGCCCGAGAGAAUUGCAAGUUUCGGGAAAACGACGAAGGCCAAAACUCGACUACAGCUCUCUAGCUAUGUUUGACCACGAACCCUAUGAUUCUGACGAUGAAGAUGCAUUUUUAGAAGGAGUUUUUCAGCCCCUGCGAAAGAAAACUAUUCUAGAUAUGAAUGACUCCCACCUGCUAUUUGCCCAUGAAAGUCAAACUCGACGAAUGUAUAAUCCCACUGCCAAUUCAACAGUCCCUACAAGUGAAAGCCAACUUCAAUCAAGAUACAAUAUUUCCAACGAUAAAGCAUACGAUAUGCUUAAGGAGAAUUAUCAAUCCAAAAUCCGAGCGACUAUCGGCAACUUGAAUAUUGACCAUUCGAUGAUUGCUCUACGAUUACAAUCACCUCACUACAAAGUCAAGUUAUCUAAAUCUCAGAUGAGAUCGUUUCACCGUCCAUCUUUUGUUGUUAAACCCAAUACCACCAUACACUUUUCCAAGGUGAAACAACGGAAAAAGAAGAAAGACAAGGGUAAGCAUAUUACUCAGUUGCUCAACAAAACGGGUGAUCUUACUCUGGGCGACUCUGCGCACUUUUUCCUUCUUGAGUAUUGUGAGGAAUUUCCAAUUGUUCUGUCGUGUUUUGGUAUGGGAAGCAAACUGAUCAACUAUUAUCGGAAACGAAAUAACGAGGAUUCUGAGCGACCUAAGCUGGCUAUUGGUGAAACUCAUGUACUGGGUGUUCAAGAUAAAAGUGCGUUUUGGAACUUUGGUUUUGUGGAUCCAGGCAAAGUUGUCCCCACUCUGUAUAACCGAAUGAUACGAGCACCGAUCUUUAAGCAUGACCCAAAGCAGACUGAUUUUCUGCUUGUUCGAAGUACUGGAGGAGGUGUUGGACAAAAGUAUUUUUUGCGUACCGUUCAAAACGUGUUUGUUGUAGGACAGACGUUGCCUGUGACGGCGAUUCCGGGUCCUCAUUCACGAAAAGUGACUACCGCUAGCAAAAACAGGUUAAAGAUGGUAGUGUACCGAGUGUUGAACAAGAACCCUCAUCAACGUUUACAAGUCAAGGAUAUUUCGGGACAUUUCCCAGACCAAAAUGACAUGCAAAAUAGACAACGUCUGAAGGAGUUCAUGGAAUUUCAAAGAAGCGGUGAUGACCAAGGAUUUUGGAAGGUUAAAGCUGGAGAUACCCUUCCACCAGAAGAUGCUAUUCGUUCAAUGAUUACUCCUGAAGAUAUUGUUUUGCUAGAGUCGAUGCAGGUUGGCCAACAGCACCUAGAAGAUGCUGGUUACGGAAAAACCGUUGAAGAUGAUCAGGAGGAUGCUGAUGGUAUGAGCAUUGAAGAGCAGCUAGCGCCAUGGAAUAUCUCCAGAAACUUUAUAAAUGCUACUCAAGGCAAGGCCAUGCUGCAGUUGCAUGGAGAAGGUGACCCUUCAGGCCGAGGAGAGGGAUUUAGUUUCCUACGUACCUCCAUGAAAGGUGGCUUCAAGGCUAUGGGAGAGUCUGUCAACGACAAGCUUGAGAAAUCUUCCAAACUUGGUGGCCACAGUUACAACGUAGCCAUUCAACAGAAAAUUUACAAUGAAGAGAUCAAGCGAAUCUGGCAAACUCAGCAGAAGAGUUUGUCUGUGAAGGACGUAUCGGAGCUUGGCUGGGAUGAGGCCGAACAUAACCGUGAUAACCCCCCUGAGCCUACUGGAGAGUCGUCUGCAAAUACCCCUGGCGGCGGUUAUGACAAAGAAGACGAUGAAAUGUCGCUAUUUUCUCAUAACAGCACAUCCAAUAACCAACAGAAUAAGGUUCUUAAAAUCACUCGUUUGGUCAAAGAUGAGUAUGGAGUUAUUCAACAAAAGGUCGAAGUGGUUCGAGAUCCGAAUGUCAUUAGAGCCUAUGUCAAACGACGACAGAUGGUAGAAGAUUCAUUAGUUGUGUAA